UCCUUACCUCUGUGCAUGGCCGAUGCAGACAAAGGAGUGGUGCUGGGCUCUGACAAGCCCACCUCCGAAGCCGUGACCACCUCCCUUCGCUUCGCCGGGUCUUCUCAGUCCGGCUCGUUUUCGCCCGCUAACUAUGGGAGCGAAGCAUCAUCAGGUCCGUCUGAUGGAAAGCCAGAUUCGCCAAUCGUGACAUCCCCCGUGUCUGAAAGGAUAAAGGCACUGGAGGCCCUGGCAGCGAAAAAGGAGCCAGAGCUCAAGACGGAUGGAGGCUUUCCUCACUUCAAAGAGCGCCACUAUGAAAAGUCUCCUACUGAGGUGCCGGCAGAGACCACCUCACCCUUCCAGAAAAAAGGAGCCUCCACUGACCAGGAUUCACCAGAAUCUCCCUUUGAGGUCCUGGGAGAAGCACGGCAAGGGAGUGAUUUUGAAGAUACCGCAGACUGGAUGAGAGCUCACUUACCCCCUGUGCCUGACUUUGAGGACAAAGUAGAUUCAAACAAAGAUGCUCCUGUGUUAGAGAAUGAUGGCAGAUCCCAGGAUAUAAAAGGGGAAGAUAAAGCUAUAACUGAUGUUCCAGAGGCAUUUGCGUGUGUCCCUGAUGCUUUCAUGGACUCUCCCAUCGAAGGGCCUAAACUUAAAAAUGUGUUCAAAGACCCAGCGCAGCAGUCUAGCGUUGAGGACGAAUCUGAAUUUGACCUGAGCUUCCUACCUACAGCAUACAUGACAGACACCCAAGGGCCCUCUGACCUUGACUCUGAGCACCCUGCCUCUCCUGCGCCUCCCGCUGGUUUUAACUCUCCCCCUCCGCCCCCUCCCUCUGACUCAAAAGAGAACGACUCAAAGACCAAGCAGACCCCAUGGGGUGAUGAGGUAGUCGAGGUCGACAGCUCAGGAGACUCCGAUGACACUGUCAUUGAGGAUGCAGCCUCCAUCCUUGCCCCUUCCUUCCCUACCCCCUCUUUGUCAAGUGAUACUGCACCUGCCCCCAAACCCUCUGUUCCCUCUCUCCCUACCGAAGAAAAGGAAACUCCUCCAACAAAGCAGCCAAUGCAGGUCCCUACCAUCAAUGUUAUUGAGACAGACGAGCCGAAUUACAGCGAUGAGGAGAUGGAGAUGGAAGUGGAGGAAGAGGAGGAGGAAAGUUCUGAAGUUGUGAAAGACACCGUGAAAGAGGCACCAAAAACCCCUGAGCCACAACCAGAUGUCACUAAAAAGGAAUUCUCCAAAAUUCCCCCCUUAGAAUAUGAGGGUUACUCUCCUCCCUCCUCUCCGGUCGACUCUGAUGCUGAAUACUCACCUAAACACAAGAUCUUGAAAUCUGAAUGCGAUACGGAUGAUCAAGAGACAACAUUAUCUAAUGAUGGGAUGCAAGGUGCUGCUGUGUCAAAGAGCUCUAGUUCUGAGGUAUCACAAGCCCAGAAAGUUGAGUCUGAUAAAUCACAGACCCCCAAUGAGUCUAAUGAAAAGUCUUCUCCGUCCAAUGCCAAACCUUCUGAGAAAACCGCAGAGAACCUUUCGGACUUUACAGACUAUGAUGACGAUGACUGGUCAACUGACGCACAAGAGAUCUUAGUGAAGUCUCGCUCUGCUAAUGUUACUUAUCAGGAUCCUCAACUUCACCCCACAUCCAAGUUUGAAGAGAACCCCAAGUCUGAUAUUAAACAAGAUGAUAUGCAGACAGUUGAGCUUUCAAAAUCCAACUACAUGCAGGAUGACACAAUCCGUAAAUGCGGAUCUUUUGAGGACGAAGACGCACUGCCACCCACAGAUGACACCAUUGACAAUAAAGAGCUGAACGUUGACACCGUACCAGAGCCUUCUCCCUCGGAUCCAACCUCUCAGAUCCAUAUCGGAACACUACUCCCUCAAAACAAUGCAACUACCAUGAUCUCAGAUUUUGAGAAUCUCACCUCGAUGGAUGAAGAUUCGUUCCCCAAGCCAGUCGGUGGCCAGCCAUCUCCCAGGGAGUUUCCCAAAGAUCCAUUCUCCUCUUUCCAGAGCGAACCGCCUGGCAACACCAUGGAGCCCAAGACUGAGGAGAAACCUAACGAUGACAUCAUUGCAGAUCGCAUAGUCAACAGCAAGACUCUCCCACCACAGGAAGCUGUGGCGGAGAAGGCCACUAAAGCAGGACACCAUUCUCCAGACAAUACCAGUGAUCCAGAAAGCAUUGAGCCGGACUGCUCUGUCUCUGGUGCCACAGACAGCUUCGUCGAGUUCAUGAGGGAGUGCCUGAAGUCACGACAGGACGAAAAUCCAGAAGACAUCCGUCAAGGUCCCACAGCCAAGGAUGAGUGUCCUCCCUCCCAGUCCACACCAACCAUGGUCAUGGAUCUGGAGCAGGAACACCUCACGAUCAAUGCCCUUAAAGAGUUGGGCAGCAGCCAGGAAGAGGAGGAUGACCUUCAGUCUAGUUUCAAUGCCUUUGAGAAAUCCCAGUCUUCCUUCACCUCAACAACCUCCGACCACCCUUCACCCCAAAACAAACCUACGUCCGACAGCGCGUAUUCCAAAGAGGUAGAGGCCAUCGACGUGUGGGUGGCUGAGGCCUACCACCUUGCAGAGCAUGUCUUGACAGCAAUACUAACGCACUUGUCAGUCAAGGACCUGGUGCACUGGCGAGACCCCAAGAAGUCUGGCGUGGUGUUCGGCCUGUCCCUGCUGACGCUUCUGUCCCUGGCGGCGUUCAGCGUCAUCAGCGUGAUCUCCUACCUGCUCCUCGCCCUGCUCUGUGUCACCAUCUCCUUCCGCAUCUACAAGUCUGUCGUCCAGGCCGUGCAGAAGUCCAACGACGGACACCCCUUCAAGGCUCUGAUGGAGAAGGAUGUCAGCAUUCCCCCCGAGACCUUCCACAAGCACGUGGAUGUCAGUUUGACCUACAUUAACCGAUUCCUCAAACAGAUGAGCAAACUCUUCCUGGUCGAGGACCUCAUCGACUCCCUAAAGCUGGCUGUAGUGAUGUGGCUGCUGACCUACGUAGGAGCCGUCUUCAACGGCAUCACCAUCCUCAUCCUGGCUGACAUCCUCCUAUUUGCCGUGCCCCCGUUCUAUGAGAAGAACAAGACCCAGAUUGAUCGCUACAUGGAGAUUGCACGCACUCAAGUCAACACCACAAUGGCUAAGUUGCAAGAGAAACUCCCUGGAGCCGUCAAGCGUACGAAAGCUGAAUGAGCGGCCCGCAGACAUCUUCAUCACCAUCAUCCUCACAUGUAUCCCAUCUUAAAUCCCCUCCUCCCUGCCCUCCCCUCCUUCUCAGUCCUUCUCCCCCUAUCCACCAUCUAACCCCCACUCCCUCCCUUCCACCAACCAUCAUACCAUCUGCACUGAACCAGCUAGGUAGAAGAGAACAAAGUAAUGCUACUCAAUGUGAACCGCGCAGCUUAACUAAGAGCAUUUAGAAAAAGAACUGCGCCUACUGUGUCGACAGGAAACACGUCUAGCGGGAGGAAGUGAUGUAAUGCCGUGGCAGGACGCCUGUCUUUGGGCGCACUAAAAAAAAAAAAAAAAAAAAAUGAUGCAGGGGUCAAGUGAACUAGACGGAAUCUAUGACUUGGUUUUGUAGUGUACAGUUGGAGUGUGUAGGGUUUAUCAUUGACGAGUAAGUACGAGUGUUAGUCUCGCAAAAAAAGCAAAUGUCUGUACUUUUAACUAAUAUAUAUUUAGCUGAAAGUAAACCGAACAAGUAGAAGAGUAAAACGCAUAAAAAGAGCAAAAUGAUUUUAGAAACGUACCCUUUGGGUGUCAAUUGUGGCUUGUCUUUUUCCUGCUCUCUCGCUCUGUGGCAGUUUGUAUGGAUAAACAAAAAAAUAUAUAAAGUUUGUGUUUGGAACAUGGUACUGGGAUUUCACUGUUACGGUUUUGGUGUCAAUUGUGUUUUGCUCACCUUAAAGGCACUUAUGUAUGUAUAACGUUUCUGCAAUGUACUGAACAUUUAUUUUAUUUUUUAUUUUAAUCCCAUGAGCAGGUUGAAAUAAAAGGAUUUGGAACACUGAACCAGCUGUGAUACUUUUGGUCAAGUUCACCCUGUUUGAUUUGAAUGCAUUUGGUGUAAUGUUUCUGUAGAUACACGACAACGGGCUCCCCCUUUCUCUGCUGUAAUGAAACGAGUUAGCCUGGCUUGUUUAUAAAAGAAGAACUCCCUCUUACAGCGGUCAUAACUCGUUUUUUUGUCGCACCUGUUCAAGUCGACAUCCAAUGUUUCACGGUCACCUGUAAAAUGUAUAUUAUUACUAUUAUUGAUAUGGUUCUUAUUGCUUAUAGGAUUUGCCGCUUUUGACUCCCUUUCAGCCUCGUAAAGGCUCCAUGAAGCUUCGUAGUUGCUUUCUUGAAGCCUCAUAACCGCUUGACUUCUCCAGUGAGACCUCUUGGAUAUGGGCUCAAAGAGCAGCCAGUUUUUGACAGUAGCUCCACGUAUAACUAUGACGGAACGAUAGAUGCAAGAAAAGAUUUGGUGGGUGUUUGUAAUGGGCUUUAGUUUAUUUUUUUUCUUUUGAAUGCCAUGUAGUGCAUGUCAUUGCAUGAGCUGGAAACAUUUCCUCACUUUUUAUAUAUAUAUAUAUAUAUAUAUAUAUAUAUAUAUAUAUAUAUAUAUAUAUAUAUAUAUAUAUAUAUAUAUGCUGUAUCAUGUUCUUAACUGUUAAUGUUUUUGUUUAUAAGAUGAUCGUUAUUUGUGAUUGCUUAAAUUGUGUUUUGGUUACAAUAAAAACUAUAGUCAUCUAUUUUUAGGGCUACUUCUCUGCAAUGGCCUCGUGUCUUCGAAAGGGAUUUUAGAAAUAGAUUUUUGAAAAAUAUUGAAGACUGUUCCUAUUCUGAUCGUCCAUACUCCGUGACAAUGUGCUCAAAGUAGGUUUGCACCUCCGUUGUAAUUUUUGGGAGGAAAUCCCUCUACAUUGGAUGGUCACUAAAGAUGAAACACUAAUGUUGUAACAUAAAUUAUACAAUGACCGUUUCGCAUUGCCUCAAUGCAUCUACUACUACUACUCAAAUGUAUGUUAACUGCUGAAUGUUACCCUGCAACAUCAAUAGAACAUUCCUCCCCGUGCAUGAAAACCAGUGUUUCACAGUGGCCCUGAUGUUGUCAGCGUACACACCACCUCACAGAGAUGUGGUACAACAAUGCUUAUUGGUUCCGUUUUGUGCAUACAUAUGUCUCUGUAUCCAACUCUGUGGCAGUUCAUUCAAGCCAAUGGACACAUACUCUACUUGCUUCGCUAGGGUAAGGUCUAACUCUACCCUCAAUUCAUCGACUCAAGCUAUUGGACAUGUUUGUUCUGGAUGUUUUUGUUUUUCACACGUGCACACAGACAUGCUCACCCACAGUCGAACGUAUCCAAUGUCUGUAAACCACUGUGUCCUUGUGAUGCUGGACUAAUUAUACAUUCGGUUGCCAUGAUGACCUCAUGAUGACGAGUCAGGCUUUUCAUGGGCGCUCCACCUCAACCUUUUCAUUGAAGGCAAUGCUACCUAUGUUUUCAAUAGAUUAUAAUACAAACCUCUCACUUUAGUGUCUUUAUUCUUCCUUUGUCAAUUAUGAUAUAAUUCUACAUUUUAAACUGGUUUCCUUGAAGCAUGUAUUUUUUUUCUUCUCAUUUUUCCUGCUUCCUGUCUUUUUCCUUUCUUGGAGGGGGUUGGCAGGAGUUUAUUUCUUUGGCAUUCUUUGUUUAGCUUUUGACUAUUGGUAACUAGGUGUGUUAACUAACAUCUCCAGCUCUGUCUGUUAGCAAUGACUUUUGAUCACAUUUUGGAGCUUUGGGGGAGGGGGGAUGAGGAAAUUUGCAGAAAGAAAAAAAAAAUCUGUGGCCCCUGUAGUGAUGUUAAAGUGGAGUUAAUAAACAUAUGUCAAAGGACA